CUAACUUAUAUUUGUUGAUAAAACCACCAUCUCGUUAGAGUGAAACACCACGUUCCAAAUCCAUAUUUUUGACUGAGUUACAGUGAACUACGGUUAUUAUUAUAGCCGGGGUAAAUUCAUUAGAUGUAAAUGGUCCUAUUUGCCUUCUGAAUUUAAAAAAUUCGCAUAAGAAAUCAUUUUGGCCGUAUUAUUUAGAAACGGCUAUAGGCUAUGUAAUGGCGCGUAUGUGUUUUACAUGUAAACGUAUCACUAAAAAACGAAUCGUAUGUAUAACUUUUUCCUUAUUAAUGUCAUGUAUUGUGUGUAUCAUUUUAGCAUUUUCAUUGAAAAUUAUUUAUGUACAUUUCACCCAACAACAUGUAAAAAUUUCAAGUAAAUUUACAGCAACUACUUUACUUCCUUGUAAAGUUAACGAUCUACUUCAGGAUCCCUUGACUGACUGGGACCUUCUGUUGGACGCGGAAUCACUAACCGGUUCCCAAGUCAUGCAAUACUUUACGUGGACGAACCAUUCUUCUUGCCUAUUAACGCAUGACUUUGGAGGUGAAAUUAGAAAAAAUCCUACAGGAAUAGCUGGACAAAAAGCAGUAUGCAUAGACCCCAACGUAGCACCGCAACCAAAUCAAUGUCUCGUAUACUCUUUCGGCAUUGACAAUGAGUGGUCCUUCGACGAAUAUAUGGAACAAUAUGGCUGUGAAGUCUUUGCUUUCGAUCCAUCAAUGAAUGUUGAAAGUCAUGACCAUAGCCCUAGAAUUCACUUCUAUAAUUGGGGAUUGAGCAAUCAAGAUGAACAUAAUGUUUUCGAAAAUUGGACGAUGCGUUCCCUUUCUUCAAUUUAUGAAAGCCUUGUCAUUCAUCAUGGCCAUAGCAUUAUAGAUUACUUGAAGAUAGAUAUUGAAUUUUACGAGUGGAUAGCGCUUCCACAGAUCCUAAAAUCUGGAAUGUUGUCAAAAGUUCGACAAAUGGGAAUCGAAGUUCAUCUGGAUCACAGGGACAAUAUAGAGAAAUAUCGCGAAUGGGCAAAAAUUUUGAGAUCACUCGAAAAUGGUGGAAUGAUUCGUUUUGAUUCAAAACACAACCCGUGGUCAGUUGGUAAUUUCACCGAGAUCGGAUUAUGGGGAUCGUUCGGUCACGAGAUUGCGUGGUAUAAUGGUAAACUUUCACAGUCUUAGUUCUAGUACCAAGGAAGUCUCCGAAUAGUUAAGUCACUGUAUCGUUGUGAGUCUCACGCCAUUUGCAUCUAGGUGGUUAUCAAAACGCAGAAAUAGAGAGUCACGAGCAUUUGACAGCACCACUUUAUGUUGCCCGUGUUCUGUUGCAACAGAAGCAGGAGACUCGGUAACUGAAACUUAAUGUGACAAGUUUGUUAGAAAAAAUGGACCGUUUGCUUAUUUCCCGGAAUCCGAACGAAGUAGACAGUGGCAGUUUCCACAACGCUAGCUCAUUGGGGUUUAAAUUACCAAUCGAAACAAAAGAAGACUUCAUCAAAUUGGACAUAGAGCUCGGAGACAAUGGGCAACUGAAGUCUCAUAUUUGGCUUGCCCUUUCCCUCAUCGGAGGUAAAAAUGUCAAAGAUAUUGUUAGGACUAUCUUAAGGGAACUCAUGGCAAGGCGAUUGCAAAUGCAAUAUGUGGCCGCUAAACCCACGAAAGAUAAAACAGUGUUUAAACAGCACAAAACUCUUUACCUAUUCGUAAUCGAAUUGGUCAGAAGCUGCUGCGCACGGGAAAAAUUGUCCUUGCCAACUGAAAAAGAAAUCCUUAAGUUCGCGAGUCUUUUCUUCACGAAUUCGGCUGACGAAGACGGCAGCGUACAAGAGCGCAAAAAAAGAAUUGCGCUUAAACCAGCUGCAGUUGUGAAGUAGGGGAGACUGGAGUAUGCCGCACACCGGGUCAAGAGGGACAGUAGGGGAAAAAAUAGUAGAUUUUAAUAGAAUUAAAAUUUCUUUUAGUAUGUUAUUUAGAUACAUACAAUCUACU